AUGGCCUCCCUGUUCUCCGGCCGUGUCCUGAUCCGCAACAACAGUGACCAAGACGAGCUGGACACAGAGGCUGAGCUCAGCCAGAGGCUGGAGAACCGGUUGGUGCUGCUGUUCUUUGGCGCCGGCACAUGCCCCCAGUGCCAGGCCUUUGUACCUGUCCUUAGGGACUUCUUUGUGAGGCUCACAGACGAGUUCUAUGUGCUGCGGGCAGCCCAACUGGCCCUGGUGUAUGUGUCCCAGGACCCUACAGAGGAGCAGCAGGACCUGUUCCUAAGGGACAUGCCCAAGAAGUGGCUCUUCCUGUCCUUCAAGGAUGAUCUGAGGAGGGACCUCGGGCGCCGGUUCUCGGUGGAGCGCCUGCCAGCGGUCGUGGUGCUCAAGCCGGGCGGGGACGUGCUCACCCACGACGCGGCCGAAGAGAUCCGGCGCCUGGGCCCUGCCUGCUUUGCCAACUGGCAGGAGGCGGCCGAGGUGCUGGACCGCAGCUUCCUGCAGCCGGAGGACCUGGACGAACCCCCGCCGCGGAGCCUCACGGAGCCGCUGCGCCGCUGCAAGUACCGCGUGGACCGGACCGCGUGGGGCCCAGGAGGCCCAGGGGGAGGAGGCGGUUCUGGGACCGGUGACUGGGCGGAUGGCGGGGCCAGUAGGCUGUUCUGAUCCCUGGAGCGAGGGAGCAGCCGUAAAGGCGGGACAGUGGGGAGCAGGGAGGGUCUUUCUGAGGCCCACCCGCCAGGAGCAAGUGGGGAGCCGGACCUGGGGGAAUCCUGUCCAGAUCUCCGCCGGUGGAGGGUGGGACCGAGGGCGGAGGGGUGCCCGACGUGUUCGCUGUGCGACUCCCUCUCAGGACUGGUGGGCCCGGGGCCGGUCCUCGUCUUCCAGCUACGCUCCUGAGCCUUCAGGGCCGCACCAGUGAAGCAGGGAGAACUUCUCAAGGGUCUCUAGAAAAGAAAUCGAAAACCUCUAUUUUUAAGACCUGGGGGAGGUGGGGUGGCUAAUGGUUCCAAAACGGGAAAAUGCAAACGAAAAUCGAAUAAUCAUUAAACGAGCUGCCCACAUAUCUCAUACGCAAAACUGCAACGAUAUUUUAACAAUAGAUUUGUAUUUUUGCAUGGGACGCAUUUCAAUAUCGGAUGCAAUGCGUGCUGGAGUCCCCGACCGCCAGCGAGGGCCAGCAGUCCCCUGUCCCUGGUGAAUCCCCGUGAUUUCUGGUGGAGACAGCAGAAUAUAGAAAUAAAAAACACAAGUCUAGAGCCAAUUCCUGGCUGUGUGACUGUUCAACAGUCACUUCUCCUUUCUAAAUCUUUGAUUCCUCUGAAAAUGACAACACCGUCACGUCCUACUAGGCACAUCAGUCAAGAAAUCGCUUCAGGAGCCAGCU